AUGUCCUUCGGGGACCACUGCGAGCCCGAUGUCGAUUGGAGCCCAUGCGCGGACAGCACCGGGUACCCCGCCGUCCUUCCCGUGUACUACCUAUGCUACGCGAGCUUGUACGGCUCCACGGGGCUACUCUACGCGACUUCGAUGGGGAGGACAGUGCAAAAUCAGCUGAGGGAAAAGAGGAAGCUGAGCUUCAACUCCGCAAUACAGAUGCAUGUGGGGAUUAUCGCUUUCUCCAUCGCAGGGUUGAUUCGUGGCGUGCCCUUGAAGGCCUCGAGGAAAGCCCGAACAAGCAUAAACGAUACCAUUGAAGUUCCUCGUCUUCGCCAUAAAUCCACCUUGUUCUACCCUGUGGCGGCACUCCAGGACAUGAAGCUCGUAGCUCGCAGUCGCCCGGUGCUCGACUACCUGCGCCGUGUCAAGUACGUGGUCAUCGGGAGCUCCGUGCUGUGGUGCCUGCGCACGGUACUUUUCGUCACGAGCGCCUGUAUGGACAAGCCCUUGCCGGUGCUUGUGUGGGCGGUCCUGCGGGGAGGUACGGCGGCGACGGGCAUAGCGACGGCCUUGCUCUAUUACGUGGUCAUCGGCGCGUGCCAGGUCCAAAAGAAAUUCCAAGCGCUGGCAACGAUUGUGUCCAACGGCGCCAGUCAGUUCAUCAAAACCCCCAUCGCCUCGAUGGGCGAGGCGAGCGCCCGUGUGUACGUGGAUGGCGACAGCGAGGAGCCUAAAUUGUUCCAACGGAUAGCAAGUGGCAUGAGGUGGUCCACCCGGAGGCGAGUAGACUCCGGCACGUCGAGCCGGGGCAGUUUCUCGAAAAAGGCGGCCGAGGGCGGCGGGGCUACAGCGCCGCUACGGUCGGGGACCGGGGACAGUAUGAAGGUGCCGGACGAGUUAUCGUCGGAGACAAAGCAACCGAUGGCGGAUACGCGGGGCGCGCAGGUGGGCCCUGCCGACCCGGCUAUGAGCCAGGGGCGUGUUGUUGGAAUGCGAGAUGGGUUUACGUUCGACGUGCGCAGUGCUGACGACAGCGAUGGAGAGGGCGACGGAAAGUCGAAGUACCCAAGUGUGAAGGAUCUAGGGGGGUGCGGCGGAAAAGAACGAGGGGGAGAAGAGACGUGGCACACGCCGGUCUCGCCGGCGACGACGCCAACACCGUCUCCUCCUGAGGGUUUCACUGACGGAAGCGAGGUCCCUGAGGAGAGGAAGAGCGAACUCACCGAUUGCGAGGACGGCGAUGCGAACAGCGGCGACGAAGGUUGGGGCGAAGACCAGCAACGACGCAAACCAGGGCUACAGAAAAGGUCAUCGUGGAGCCGGGCUCACCUUACUUCAAGCGACGCCUCUGCCGGGUCAAGCAGCGAGAGCAGAAAGAAGACCGAAGAGUUCUGGGAACUUGAGGAGCUGGAGGAAGGCUCGUUCUACAACAGCAGCUAA